GAUUCGAGCAGCUCUCGUCCAAAUCAGUUCAAGCGUAAGAGCGAAACGCAAGCAAAAACGUGAAUUCGGCGGUAAAAGCGACAACAGAGCGCAAAAAGUUAAAACGCAAAAUCUUUUUCAAAGUGAAAAUUUCGGAAAUUUUUCGUUUGGAUAGUGGGGAAAAGUGAAUAGAAUAGUGGCGGAUAACGGUGAAGUGCGAAAAUGUCCGCUAUCGGUAUAGACUUGGGAACGACCUACUCGUGUGUGGGGGUGUUCCAGCAUGGCAAGGUAGAAAUCAUUGCAAACGACCAGGGAAAUCGAACCACUCCCAGUUGUGUGGCAUUUUCGGACACGGAGCGACUGAUUGGCGAUGCGGCCCAUAACCAGGUGGCCCUCAAUCCAAAGAACUCGGUGUUUGACGCGAAGAGAUUGAUUGGCCGUAGAUUUGAUGAUCCGAAGAUUCAGGCCGAUCUGAAGCACUGGCCGUUCAAGGUCAUCAACGAUAAUGGGAAACCCAAGAUCGAGGUGGAAUUCAAGGGUGAAAUCAAAAAAUUCUCUGCGGAAGAAAUCAGCUCGAUGAUUCUUGCCAAGAUGAAGGAAUGCGCCGAGGCGUACCUGGGUCGGAACAUCAAGAACGCAGUUAUUACGGUUCCGGCCUAUUUCAACGAUUCUCAACGUCAGGCCACGAAGGAUGCCGGAGCGAUUGCCGGGCUGAACGUUAUGAGAAUCAUUAAUGAACCAACGGCCGCCGCUUUGGCCUACGGUUUGGACAAGAACCUCAAAGGCGAACGUCAUGUCCUGAUCUUCGAUUUGGGCGGUGGAACGUUUGAUGUCUCCAUUUUGACUAUCGACGAGGGAUCGCUGUUCGAAGUGAAGUCCACGGCAGGAGAUACUCAUUUGGGAGGUGAGGACUUCGAUAACCGCAUGGUUGCUCACUUCGUCGAGGAGUUCAAGCGCAAGUACAGAAAGGACAUCACACCAAACGCGCGGGCUUUGAGACGUCUCAGAACGGCUUGCGAACGCGCCAAGAGGACAUUAUCGUCCAGCACUGAAGCUACGAUUGAAAUCGAUGCCCUUGCUGAUGGAAUCGACUUCUACACGAAGAUCUCCCGGGCUCGAUUUGAGGAACUGUGCGCCGAUCUGUUCCGUUCGACCCUUCAACCAGUCGAGAGAGCCCUGUCCGAUGCCAAAAUGGACAAAGCUUCCAUCCACGACAUCGUUCUGGUUGGUGGAUCAACUCGCAUCCCAAAAAUCCAAACUUUGCUCCAGAACUUCUUCUCAGGAAAAUCGCUAAAUCUAUCAAUCAACCCAGAUGAAGCAGUCGCAUAUGGCGCAGCAAUUCAAGCAGCUAUCCUCAGCGGAGACAAAGACGAGAAGAUUCAAGAUGUGCUCCUCGUUGACGUGGCUCCACUCUCAUUGGGAAUCGAGACCGCUGGAGGAGUCAUGUCCAAACUGGUUGAACGCAACACCAGAAUCCCGUGCAAGCAGACUCAAAUCUUCACCACCUACUCGGACAACCAACCCGGCGUGUCCAUCCAGGUAUUCGAAGGCGAACGAGCCAUGACCAAGGACAACAACCGCCUGGGCCAGUUCGACCUCUCAGGAAUUCCGCCAGCCCCUCGAGGCGUUCCCCAAAUCGAAGUCACGUUCGAUCUGGACGCCAACGGCAUCCUCAACGUAUCGGCCAAAGAAAAAAGCACCGGAAACGAGAAGAACAUCACCAUCAAAAACGACAAGGGUCGCCUCAGCCAGGCGGAAAUCGAUCGAAUGGUGUUCGACGCGGAACGAUACCACGAGGAGGACGAAAAGCUCCGGGAAUGCAUCGCCGCCAGGAACAAGCUGGAGAACUAUUGCUUCCAGUUGAAGCAUUCGCUGGAAUCGGCCGAGGACAAGCUGAGCGAAUCGGACAAAAACACCGUCAAGGAGAAAUGCGACGAAACGCUGCAGUGGUUGGACGCGAACCAGCUGGCCAGCAAGGAUGAGAUGGACCACAAGAUGGACGAGCUGAGCCGUAUCUGCAGUCCGAUCAUGACACGGUUGCACCAGGGCAGCGGACCCUCACCAGGAAGCAGAUCCACUUCCGGGGCCGGUUACGGAGGACGACAGGGACCCACCGUUGAGGAAGUGGACUAAGUACUAGCUGAGCAUUGCCGGGAACUUCUUUAAGCAAGUUCUUUAUUGUGUAGUAGCUGUGACUGCCUGUUACCGAUUCUAGUUCUAGUUACGUGUUAUGUCUAAUCAGUAAUCUUAAAGAUUGACGACUCAAGCUAAAGCUUAAAAA